AAAAAAAAAAACUUCAUCAAUGGAAGAAGGAAAGUCGAGAAAGCUAGGUGGUUCUCUGAAAGUCCCUAACGUUCAAGAACUUGCAAAGCAACAACUAGCAGCCGUUCCACCGCGAUAUAUACGUGAUGAUAUUGAAAAUCAAUCAUAUUCUUCCAUAGUAAUAUUGCCUCAAGUUCCAGUUAUUGAUAUGAAAAAAUUGCUGGAAAUUGGAGAUAUUGAUGAUGAUUCGGAGCUCGAGAGGCUUCAUCUUGCUUGCAAAGAAUGGGGAUUUUUCCAGUUGGUGAAUCAUGGAGUGAAUUCAUCAUUGAUGAAGAAAGUAAAAUCGGAAAUCAAAGCAUUUUUCGAUCUACCAAUGGAAGAGAAGAAGAAAUUUGAGCAAGAAGAAGGAGAUCUCGAAGGAUACGGGCAAGCUUUUGUUGUAUCUGAAGAACAAAAGUUAGAUUGGGCUGAUAUACUUUACAUGAUCACUCUCCCUACUCAGUUGAGAAAACCUCACUUGUUUCCAAAGCUUCCCGUCUCACUCAGGGAUGAGUUGGAACAAUACUCAACAGCACUGAAGGAACUUGCUAUGAAAAUUCUGUACGUAAUGGCAAGAGCUUUAGGGAUGAAAGCAGAGGAUAUGAAUGUACUAUUUGAACAAGACGGGACACAAAUGAUGAGAAUAAAUUAUUAUCCUCCUUGUCCUCAACCAGAGCGCGUAAUGGGGUUAUGCCAUCACACUGAUUCUGUUGGUUUAACCAUACUCCUUCAGGUUAAUGAAACUGAAGGUCUUCAAAUUAAGAAAGAUGGUGCUUGGAUUCCGGUUCCAUAUUGUCCUGAUGCCUUUGUUGUUAACAUUGGAGACAUUUUAGAGAUUGUGACAAAUAGAAUUUACAAGAGCAUUGAACAUCGAGCCAUCGUUAAUAAGGACAAGGAGAGGAUCUCCAUUGCUACAUUUCUGAGCCCCAAAUUGAAUGGAGAUUUAGAAGCAUACUCGAAUGAAAUCAAGAGCCUAGCAAUGAUCAUCGUAUGUCAAUUGGCAAAGGCUUUAAGGAUAGAUGAAAAUGAAAUGAGAGAGCUAUUCAGUGAUGGUGUGCAGUCAAUAAGGAUGAAUUAUUAUCCACCUUGCCCUGAGCCACACAAAACCAUUGGCUUUAGCCCUCAUUCUGAUGCUGAUGCCCUCACCAUCCUUUUCCAGCUCGAUGAAACUGAAGGUCUCCAAGUUCGAAAAGACGACAUUUGGGUGCCUAUAAAGCCCCUCCCAAAUGCUUUGAUUGUCAAUAUUGGCGAUAUGAUGGAGAUAGAGAGCAAUGGUGUUUAUAAGAGCAUUGAGCACAGAGCAAUUGUAAACUCAAACAAAGAGAGACUCUCAGUUGCAAUUUUUCUCUCUAGUUCAUUAGCUUCAUCUUGCUUGCAAGAAUGGGGAUUUUUCCAGUUGGUGAAUCAUGGUGUGAAUUCAUCAUUGAUGAAGAAAGUGAAAUCGGAAAUCAGAGCAUUUUUCGAUCUACCAAUGGAAGAAAAGAAGAAAUUUGAGCAAGAAGAAGGAGAUCUCGAAGGAUACGGGCAAGCAUUUGUUGUAUCUGAAGAACAAAAGUUAGAUUGGGCUGACAUACUUUACAUGAUCACUCUCCCUACUCAUUUAAGAAAACCUCACUUGUUUCCAAAGCUUCCCGCCUCACUCAGGGAUGCAUUGGAACAAUACUCAACAGCACUGAAGGAACUUGCUAUGAAAAUUCUGUACGUAAUGGCAAGAGCUUUAGGGAUGAAAGCAGAGGAUAUGAAUGUACUAUUUGAAGAAGACGGGACACAAAUGAUGAGAAUAAAUUAUUACCCUCCUUGUCCUCAACCAGAGCGCGUAAUGGGGUUAUGCCCUCAUACUGAUGCUAUUGGUCUAGCUAUACUACUUCAGGUUAAUGAAACGGAAGGUCUUCAAAUUAAGAAAGAUGGUGCUUGGAUUCCGGUUCCAUAUCUUCCUGAUGCCUUUGUUGUCAACAUUGGAGAUAUUUUAGAGAUUGUGACAAAUGGAAUUUAUAAGAGCACUGAACAUCGAGCAAUUGUGAAUGAAGACAAAGACAGAAUUUCGAUUGCUACAUUUUUGAGCCCCAAAUUGGAUGGAGAUUUAGGUCCAGCUCCUAGCCUCCUCACUCCUCAAUGCCCUGCAGAAUUUAGGAGGAUUGGAGUGGCUGAUUACUUCAAGGGAUAUUUCUCUCGAGAGCUCAUUGGAAAAUCAUAUGUCGAUUCUAUAAGAAUUAGAAAUGGAGAUGACGGAAGCAAUUGAUCAAUGUUUGCAUUUUAUGCCGCUUGGAUACCAACAGCUUGUUUGAUUUGGAUGGAUUUGCUACUGUAUUAUUUUGUAAAUGUAUAAUGUUUGAAUAAAUUGUUGCAUUUGUUGUGGUUUAAUAACAUCAUUAUUGUUUGAUUUUAA